CAAUAACAAUUACUACCAUACUAGAAUAAUUAAAAUAAUUUUGUGUACUGGUUCUUUAUACCAGACCUUUUUUUCGUAGGCCUAUAACCCUUAAAAAGGUCACAACGAAGCAGAAGAAGAAGAACCAUUCUUAAAGAACAAAAUAGGCCUACUAUAUGAAUACAAUCUGAGCUUGAAAGCAUGGAUCCCGACAAGCAAGAGGCUGUAUUAAUGCUCUUCGGUUAUGGUAAAGAAAAGGAUGCAAGUUUGGCGUAUCAUUUCCCGUCAUUCCUUGUUACCGUUCCUGAGGCAACGAUUUACCCGGCUGAUAUCGGAAUUCUUAAAAAAGGCGAAUUUUUCUCCAACUUCAAAAAGAAGCACGCCGAUGAGGCAGCUAUAGUUUACAACUAUCUCAUAUCCUGUGAAAAAUUUGCAGAUUUCGUAAAGACCGCCUCAUACUUCAAAAGCAUUCUCAACGAAGGCUUGUACUUGUACGCACUCUCAGUCGCGCUGGCGCACCGUAAAGGUGAGCAUAACUUCGAUAUACCAUUUCUAUAUCAGCUACAUCCACACGCCUAUUUCUCUAAUUCACGUAUCAAGGCUGCUGUAGCCCGUUUGCAACUUGACAAAUCCAUUCCAGAAACUGAGGUUGUACCCACAUUCGUCACGGGCACACAUCGAGACCCAGAGUUUAAGGUUUCGUGGUGGAGAGAGGAUGUUGGACUUAAUUGGCAUCACGCCCAUUGGCAUCAGGUGUAUCCUUGGAGUGGAAUUGAAAUCAACGGCAAACCUACCACAAAGGAUAGAGAAGGAGAGCUGUUCUACUACAUGCAUACUCAAAUGUUAGCACGAUACGAUGCGGAAAGACUAGCGGUUGGUUUGCUUCGUGUUAUACCGUUUGAUAAUUGGAAUAUUCCUAUUCAGGAAGGUUACGAUUCACAUUUGACGAAUCAAUACGGUACUCUCCAGUAUGCCCCACGCCCUUCUGGGAUGGUUCUCUUUGACAACUACCAGGAUCCCACUUCUCCUGUCACUGUCCACCAGCAAAGUUACAACUGGAAUCGCCUACUCAACGCCAUUAAUACUGGAAAAUUUCUUAAG